UAUAAACGGCGAGUUGGUAGCUGCUGUGGUUCAGUUUAGUGGUGAAGCACCACUCUGCAGCAGGCAAAACUUGCGAGAUGAAAAUCCAGGUUUUAACGGCCCUGGUGGCGUUGGCCGCGUUGGCUCGGUGCUCUGAUGAGUCAAUUAAGGAAACAUCGGAGGCUGAAAAAAGGUCCGUAAAGUCGGAAGAGAGCGCCGCGGAGGGUUCGGGGAGUGAUAAAAAGACGGAGAAACGCGGUCUGCACGGUAGCUACGGAAGCUACGGAGGCGGCGGCUACGGCGACUUCGGGGGCGGUGGCGGCGGCGGUGGAGGUGGCGGUUACUUGCCGGGAGGGAACGGCUACGACCACCAGGAGCACGUCAAGACGAUAACGGUGGUGAAGAAGGUACACGUGCCCUACGAGGUGGCGAAGCACGUGCCCUACACGGUGGAGAAGCACGUACCGUACGAGGUGAAGGUCGGAGUGCCGCAGCCCUACACCGUCGAGAAGCACGUACCUUACCCGGUGAAGGUGUUCGUCAAGGUGCCGGUUCACGUGCCGCAGCCCUACACGGUAGAGAAGAAGAUCCCCUACGAGGUCAAGGUCCCCGUCGACAAGCCCUACGAGGUCAAGGUCUACGUCCCGCAGCCCUACACCGUCGAGAAGCACGUCCCCGUGCCCGUUAAGGUCGGCGUUCCCCAGCCGUACACCGUUGAGAAGCGAGUUCCCUACCCGGUAAAGGUCAAGAUCCCGGUACCGCAGCCCUAUCCGGUCGAGAAGCCCGUGCCCUACGAAGUCAAGGUCCCGGUCGACAGGCCCUACCACGUCCACGUGCCCAAGCCCUACCCCGUGACGGUGGAGAAGCCCUAUCCGGUCGCCGUCGACAAGCCCGUGCCCUACGAGGUUAAGGUCCCCGUCGACAGGCCCUACCACGUCCACGUACCCAAGCCCUAUCCCGUCCACGUCAAGGUCCCAGUGCCUCAGCCCUACCACGUCACAAAGCACGUUCCGUACACCGUGGAGAAGCCCUAUCCCGUGCACGUCAAGGUCCCCGUCGACAGGCCCUACGUCGUUGAGAAGGAGGUGCCCUAUCCCGUCGAGAAGGAGGUCCCCGUGCCCGUCAAGGUCCCGGUUCACGUUCCCGUUCACGUGAAGCAUCAUCACGAGGAACACUCCCACGGUUCCCAAGGAUUCGGGGGCGGCGAUUACUCGGCCUCGUCUUACGGUGGCGGGCACGCCGACGGCGCCGAGGAUUACGGCAGCUACGACAGCUCUUCGUACUCCCAUCACUGAUUCGCCAAUUAUCGAAUAAUGAGGAGAUACUUCCGAGGCUACAACGUCGUGAUUUGACUUGAUCUUUAUUUUUUCUCACUAUUUUUCACACCGUCUUAUACCAUAUAUAUAUAUAUUUCCAAUUUUUGCCGUAUGAUUCGAUUCGUGUAACGUCUGUACUUUCGGUUAUCUUGGCGAUAUGUGAUUACUUUUUUUUUUUUUUUUACCAUAUUUUUUUUAAAUUUUCCUCUCCCCGUGUACGUACGGCAGAUUUCUCAGAGGCAUCGCGACGAACUGAAACUAUCACGAGUACCUUAUAGUAUGUAAUAUACAUUUUAUGUAUACAUGAUAUUAUAUAGAUAAGACGAGGAUUACCUGCAUGAUAUAAGAGAAAUGCUUCUUGUGUAUCAAAGAUUUUAAUAAAUAUAUUUACAAUAUUA